CGCGCCCGCCCCCGCCCUGGCCCCCAGCGCCCACCCGGUCGGCCCGGCUCAGCCAUGAUCAAGGCCAUCCUCAUCUUCAACAACCACGGGAAGCCGCGGCUCUCCAAGUUCUACCAGCCCUACAGUGAAGAUACACAACAGCAAAUCAUCAGGGAGACAUUCCAUUUGGUAUCUAAGAGAGAUGAAAAUGUUUGUAAUUUCCUAGAAGGAGGAUUAUUAAUUGGAGGAUCUGACAACAAGCUGAUAUAUAGACAUUACGCAACAUUAUAUUUUGUCUUCUGUGUGGAUUCUUCAGAAAGUGAACUUGGCAUUUUAGAUCUAAUUCAAGUAUUUGUGGAAACAUUAGACAAGUGCUUUGAAAAUGUCUGUGAACUGGAUUUAAUUUUCCAUGUAGACAAGGUUCACAAUAUUCUUGCAGAAAUGGUGAUGGGGGGAAUGGUAUUGGAGACCAACAUGAAUGAGAUCGUUACGCAAAUUGAUGCACAGAAUAAACUGGAGAAAUCUGAGGCUGGCUUAGCGGGAGCUCCAGCCCGUGCUGUAUCAGCUGUAAAGAAUAUGAAUCUUCCUGAAAUCCCAAGAAAUAUUAACAUUGGUGACAUCAGUAUAAAAGUGCCAAACCUGCCCUCUUUUAAAUAAAAAAAAAAUAAAGGCCACUCCCAGGUAAAAUCCAGGGGGAAAGUCAUCUAAGUUUACCAUGCAGUUGUUUACCAAAAAAUAGAGGAGGAGAGAAUUAACUUUUGCUCUUGGAUUUAAGUCAAGGUACUGUAUAGAUAUUGUGUAAAAUCAGUUUGGAAGAUCAAUGUUGGCUUUUCUUGCUCAGUGAUUUUAAAGAAAUUGAGUAGUUCUGGUAUGGUCUUUUUUUUUUUUUUUCUUUUCUUUUCUAAAUUGCAUUCCUAUGCCCACCUAAGGCAUGCCUCUCCUCCAAUGUAUUGGCUAUUACAGUAUUUCAGAUGUAUUUGAGACAUUUCUUAAAUUAUGUACAACCAAAUAUUGGUGUUUUGUAUGAAUCACAAGUGCAGCAUUCCUUAAUUCUUUCUGGUACUUGUCACAGUUGUUAUUUAAAGAACCAAGUAUGUAUUGCAUGAAAACAUUAUGACAUUUUUCUUUUAGUUUAAAUAAACUCCAAGGUAACUGGACUUCUAAGUACCGUUCUGUUCGCCUGAUACCUACUUUAGCAAUAAUUUUUUUUAAGACCCUCUGAUUCAACAAAGUAAAUAAAAGUAUAUUUUAUCACUGUUAA